CUUCAGAAAACCAGUUCAACGGUUUUUGGUGUCCUCCCCUCUGUCCUAUAUCUCUUUCUGCUCUUCUGCUUCUUCUCUUCAGCCUCAAGAUUUGUUCAUUCACCUGUGCCUGCUUCCCCAAUCUGCACAAGCACAUAAUUCUUUCUUCAUCUCCAUUUAAUCUUUCUUCUAGGCAUAAAGAGUUUUUGCUAUUGGAUCAUGGCGGGCAAAGGAGGAGGGCACAUCCCAAGGUUUGGAGAUUGGAAGAGCAGUGAUGGUGGCACCCCUUACACCGUCUUCUUUGACGAUGCCCGCAAGAGGAAGAAUGCAGGUGGUGUGGUGCCUCCUCCUUCUCUGGCUCGUGGCGACUCCGCACCUCCUCCUUCAGGCCAUAGAACACCUCCUCACGGAGCUGGUUCUUCCACUCCCCAAAGAAACAAGGAUCCCGCAUCUCGUCCUCGCAGCCAAAGCGCGGUCGGGCAUGGUGGUGGGUCUGUGCCUGCUUGGGGCCAAUGGAAUGAGGGCAAUGCUGGUGGUGGUGGGGCCCAGCAGUACACGCUUAUGUUCGACCAGAUUAGGGAUGAGAGGAGAGGCAGUGCUCCUUCAACGCCUACCGUCGAGCAACUCCAGCGUGCCACUCCAACUCGGUACAAUCAGCACAAUCAGCAUGCAAAUAUGCGCAAGAGAUUCACAUGUUUCGGACUGUGCUUGAAGUAGAGGAAUCAUCAUGGAUGGAUCAAGGAAAUUGUGUAUUAAUGUCAAUGGAUACUGCUUUUGUUGUGCAUGUAUGGAGUUAUUGCUAUGAGUUUUCCAUCAAUAGUCAAGAUUGUACGUAUAAAGGAUUUUGAUCACGUAAAAUGAUGAUGAAGAUACCAUUUCUCUCACAAUUGCUAUAAGAACAAAAUUAGCUGCA